UGCCAGAGCACGAAGUCAGCGCUCCGUUCGCGGCUGAGGGCAGGGGAGGUGUCUCUCGGUCCGGAAGCGGAGGGAGAUUUGAAAGUUUUCAUGAUGAAUUUGGGCAAGUAGCCCCAAUAGUGAACUGGGCUUGAUUAGCCUGAGUAUUACCUCAGGUAGCAGUCAGACAGGAGUCGGGAAUGUAGCACGUAAUGUCUGGUUACUCAGUUAGCAUCGCUAGCCGAUGUUAGCCUGUUAGCUGUUAGCAACAGCGGCGUCGCUUGGUUGCUGUGGACGCCAGUUAACCACCACUAGGCAGAAGCCGACUGGUUUAGUGUACCAGAUGUACUAACGAGCACCGUCUUCGGUCCAGGUUCACUUCUGAUGUUAAAAUGGCAAAUUCAUCAUAAUAUUUCCGCCCGCUUUUUCAUUUCAACACGCCGUAAACGCGAAAAGCACGAGCGUUGCGUGUCUGUUUCGUGUUAGGCAGGUAGCUGCGUGGAUGUCAGGAUCACUGUUAUCCGCGAGGGAAGAUGGAGCUGCAUCUGGAGGUGAUGCUGGUUACCAGUAUCAAGCGCAGGAAGCCGUGGCCGCGGUUCUGUUGGCUCGGACAGGAGAAGGAGGCUGUGUUUGUGCUGGACCACACAAGGAUCAGCGAGAUCGACAUGGCAUCAGGGCGGACCAAGAGAAGAACCCCCAAACUUCAGCCGCUUCUCCCCAGGGUGGUCGCCAUGGCAGCGUCCCACAAUGGUGCCUGGCUGGCCGGCCUGCUGCUCUCUGGGGAGGUGUUUUUGUGGAAUAAGGACAGGGACUUUAUAAAGACUGUGGCCCCAGUGCCGGCUGUAUGCGAAAUGGCCACCAUGGCUAAGGAGCGAUCCAUGAGCCCGUCUUUGCUGGUCUCGGGGGAUGGCCGCCGGCUCCUCCUGGCUGCUCUGACGACGCGGGUCUUCCUGUGGGAGUGUGUGGAUGCGCGGGGGCUGGGGGGGCUGCGGGAUGGCGAGGCGAGGGGCCGCUGGGCUGAGAUCCUGCCUCCUGAAUGCCCUUCCCUGCCUUCGCCGGUGGACAGAGAGGCCUGCCUGCACUGUGCCUUUGUGCAGGGGGAGGCCCUGGGCGACUGCUGCCUGUCUGCGUUCGCUUACAUCGCGGGGAACCAGCUGGGUGUCACCUUCCUGAAGAUUCGCUGGGAGGAGGGCCCCGAGCGCCGGCUCAGUCCGCAGGGGUACAGCGUGCGCUGGGCCACACAGCUGUACCCGCUGGACAGCCUGCAUCCCCCCUGCCGCCCUGUGAAGUCCCGGGGGGGCCUGCUGUGUGCCCUGUCCCCUGACGGGCUGCUCUUGGCUGUGACCCUGAACCAGAGGGACCCCAGAGCCACCCAGGUUCUAUUCAUCAGCACCCAGAACCUUGUCUCUGUGCCCAGCUGGCUGGGGGGCUGCGGAAGCAGAGACCUUGCCAUCCCCGCCAAGUAUGUCAGGUCGUACUGGGUGGCGGAUGUGAGCUGGAGUGCAGGGGGGCUCUUCCUGGCCUGUGUGCUGAAGCGGGGGUCCCUGCUGCUUCUGGCCCGGCUGGGGGGGCUCCUAUCUCUCUCCACUUCAGGUUGCAGCGUGGAGCUCGGCCCCGCCCACUUCCUGCCUCUCCACCCACUGGUCACCUACAGACCCCCCCAGGCCCAGCCGCAGGACGCUUCCCCGCCCAGCUCCUGUGCCUCUGCUCAGGACGUCCUGCGGCAGCGAUAUUCCGUAUCCUGGCACCCCCAGUUGGCCUGCCUCGUCGUGUCUGAUGGCUACACGGCGACUGUCCUGCGCAUCCCCCGCCGGCCCUCUGCCGCUGCGUUCGUCGGUGCCCUCCUCCUGGACGCCAUGGAAGCCUUGGAGGUGUUCCAGCAGGGCGUGGCUGGCUCCCAGGGGCAGGAGGCGCUGUCCACGCUUAAGCUGCCGAGCAGCCUGCAGGAGCUCCGUGGGGGUGACGCGCUUGACACGGACCUACCCCGCUUCCUGCUGGGGGGCGACUCGGGCACACAGGCCCAGGUGGCGGCUGAGGAGGACUCUGAUGACGAGGGCAGUCAGCUUCCUGGUCCAUGCGUGGAGAUGGAGGGGAGACUGGAGUUCGCCUCUAUGUUCGACACUCUUCAUGCUUAUCCUGACCAAUCCCACGACCUCACAGAGGCGGAGCCUGAAGCCCCACCCCUACUGGUGAAGCUGUCACAUGCACGGAGGAGCCUGCUGACGGCCUGGGCGCUGGGUGUGUCACUGGGGGGCGCCAUGGAGCACCGUGCUCGUCUGCUGAGAUAUGCGGUGCGCUGUGCCCUGCGGUAUGCCGUUCUCCUGCGUCUCGCUCCUUUCCCAGCAUCCCGUGGGCCAGAGAUGGUGCAGGACACCUGGCUGUCUCGUGUUCUGAACCUGCUGCAGACCCUUCUCUACCUGCUAUCGUGGGACACGCCCCAUGUGGGCGGAGCCACCUGCCUGGGCGUGGCAGUGGAGCUGACAGAGCAGGUGGUGCGCCUGCUGCUGUCGCCUCAGGGUGGCGGUGCUGCUCCAUCCUCCUACACCCUCUCCACUGCCCUGCUGGUUCUCACCCUGGCCUCCCAGAGUCUUGACCAAACCUACUGGCUUCCACAGAGAACCUGCUACAGCCUUCCUGAGCACCAGGGAGCUCCAUCUUCUGUCCCUCUGUUUGAUGUCUUUUCUGUCUCACUGCUGAGGGAGGCACAGUGGAACCCCCUUCAGAGGUUUUCCCAGAAUGCUCAGCUCAUGGGACGACAUCCUUCCCGAAGGUUGCUGAGGGUGUGGCAGGAGCUGUACACGACGGCGCUGCAGUGUGCAGAUGGGCUGUGCUCCCAGCCAGGACAUGGCAGCUGUGAAGAGGAGCGGCACAGCAUCUCUGAUGUCCUGAACCAGGUGCAGCGGGUCCUGCAGGCAGCCGGAGCUCAGCUGGAGGGGGGCCCUACACUGUAUAGGGUCACAGGUGAGCAGCACUUCCUGUCGGGCUCAUAUGCAGACGGCGUCCAGGCGUGGGUCACUGAGCUACUGGCGGACCGAGGCGGAGGGCCGCGCUCCUGCUUCCUGGAGACCCGGUACUGCCUGGCGCUGCUCUACAGCCUGCUCUUCCGGUACCGCUUGAGGGAGGCCCAGGGGUUCUGUGACCAGCUGGCCCAGAGGCUGGUCCGGAAAGCGGGGCUGGAGGUGGAGGAUGAGGCCCAGGCAGGCGCCGCACAGGCAGAGUCGGCCCUCACUGCCCGUCUGCAGCAGGUGAACAGCGAGGCCAUCUACGCAGUGGUGCAGUCACUCGGUAGGUUCAUGGCCUCCUACUUCACCAACCAACCGCUGGCCAUCAUGCCCCCCCACUGCGUGGACGUUCUGCCCCCCCUGCACCUGCCUCCAGCCCCUGGCCAGAGGCUGGUGCCCCUGAGCCAGAUCUCUGUCACGGAGGCGGUGCGGAGUCAGGAGCUGUCGGGGGUGUGGACCGUGGGCUACGCCCUGGACCUUCUCCUCCUGGGGGGGCUUCUUCCCGAGGCUGCAUGGUUCGCCCGUCGCCUGGGAGACUGGAAGACGGCCGUCUCCCUGGGCGUGACUUACACCGGCUACUGUAGGGAUGAGACCCGCCUCACAGGGCUACGAUGGAAGGAACUGCACCUGCCAGGGGAACUGAACCCCAGACACAUACUGCAGGAGCAGCUGGAGUGCGUGCUAGGCAUGGAGGCACUGCGCAGCCAGCAGUGCUCCCAGGAAGAGGAGGACGAUCAUCUCCAGGCCUCGGUGCAGGACCUCCUCAGGGCAGCAGCCAUGGCUGGGCUGGACGUGCUGUCGCAGCCACUGCGCCACCUGGUGGACCGUGCCAGGAUGCUGGGGUCCUGCCUGCCCGCACUGGUGCCCGGUGGGCUAUACCUGCCUGCCCCUCCGCUGUAUUGCCCCCAGCCUGCCCCAGACCCCGAUGACCCCGCAGGAGAAGGGCCACUGGCGCUGGAGCGGCUAUCCCGUCUGCAGGUGUCUGCCGUCCUGCAGAGGGUGCUGUUGCUCCUGAGGGCCGCUCGCUGCUGCGUCCCUGCUGCCCAGUGGUACACGGCACAGCUGCGCCACUGUCGCCGGGUGAUGCGGAAGAUCCGUAAGGAUUGCUCUGAGGCUGCAGUCAGGUCGUUUCCCGAUGGACUUAUGAAGUUCAUCUCCCCCAGUGGCUUUGUCAUACCUGGGUCUCCAAGGGAUGGGAUUCUGGACUCAGUCACCGUGGAGAUGAUCACAUGCUUCAGGGAGCUGUGUGGUCUCUGCUGGAUGCUCCAUGUUCGGGACCAGCUGUCGGUUUCCUGCAGGAAGUACCAGGCUGCAAGGAAUCAUGGGAUGGGCACACAGCUGGAGGCAUGUUGCGUGGACGCCCUGCGCUGGGGCUGCCGUCUCCUCCCCUUCGCUCGGUUCCUGAAUGCCGAAGAGGUCCUGCAGGAUGUGCUGCUCAGCCUGGCAUCUGCACUGCCACCUGUUCCCAUGGUGACACAGGUGCUGUCCCAGGCCUUCCCGGACCAGGAGGACUCGGUGCGGGUCUCCCUGAGGGAGAAGUACAGCUCUCUGCUGCAGAGGCUUGGAGAGAACCAGGCGAUGGCCUCUCUGAUCGAGGAUCAGUUGAAGAAGAGCCGACGGGAUCGCAGUCGUGUAGCUAAGUACCUUGGCCCCCCGCAGCGCCACCUGUGGGAGAGGGAGGAGGAGACAGGAGACUCCCAGGGGGCCAGCCUGAGCUGCAGUACACUGACGGACUGCGGGGACACGGCCGAUACCGGCUCGGAGACCGCGUCACUUCCGCGUGGAGUGAGCCAGCUUCGGAGUGGUGCCGGACGGACCGGGGGCAGGGAGGAUCCCGGCCUGCUGGAGCAGGAGAGGGAGCCCCGGGCAGGCACACCAGGCAGGGCGCGCCUGCCUCCCGUCGGGACCUGGGUGUUCGAGUUGGAUGACGAUGAGUACCUGAGUUUCCUUGAGCUUUUCCUGAGCUACGUGCUAGAGAAGGAUAGUGUAGGGGGUGCACACUUGGACCCCCCCCUCCUGAGUAGCUACACCCCCCAGCUGUGGGAGAGUGAAUUGCACUCCCUGACGUUUGACAUGAUGACCACACUUCGGCGCCGCUGUGCUCGUGACAGAAAAGGGACUGCCGUGUUCCGGCCUGGUCGCUGCUAUCGGCUUGCCUCGUCUGGCCUGGUCCAGGGCCACAGCCAGUCCCUGGCACCUGGUACCAGCGUGGCCGGCUCGGAGCCACUCUUCCCUGGUCUUGGGGCAGGAAAGUCCCAGGGCUUGUUUGGCCUCCACCGUCAGGCCAGGAAUAGUUCUAAGUACAGCAUCCAAGGGCCCCAGGUCAAUUCUGAGGCCUCCCCCUGGCUGUUUGAGGUCCAGCCUGAUGCUGAUUUGGACCCUUGCGAAGACCCUGACCCCGGACUGGACGCCCAGUUCCCAAGUCUGAGCCGACUGCUAGAGUGGAUGAUGCGCUGGUCUGACAGGAAGGUCUCACAUAUCCAUUCCUCCCACAAGAGGGCAGUUGCAGCCAUCGGAGAGGCCGGGGUGGUGUUUAUCAGGGCUAAGACAUCUGCCCCAGCUGUCCUCAGUGCCCUGAAGCUCCUGACAAGCAGAUACAGCGCCGCCCUGCUGGACAUACACUUCCAGGUGCCACUAACGGAGGCAACAGUCACCCCAGUGCUGCUGCCAGAGAAGGAUUGGUGCAGUGAGGACACAGAGUGCUGUGCCUCCUCUGGGAGCCCCCCUACGCCUUCUGCCCCAGAUCCUCCGCGAGGGCGCCCCUUUGGCAUGUCUCUGAUGGAGGCGGCGGGGCCUGGGGCGGGCUCUGAGGAACAGGACCCUUCAUGCCAGUACCGUGAGGACAGCGUGACCUCUGACCUUAGCACGGCCGAGGAAGAUGACAGGAGUACGGAGGAGCCCUCUGAGUUGCUGGAGUCCCUCACUCGACCUGACAUCUCUGUCCAGAUCAGGACUGUCCCCAGGACGCCAUCCCCCAAAGAUCAGACACUGACGCUGAGAGUCUCCCGAGGGGCUGUGGCUGACGAGCUGGAGGGGUCAGAGAGUCCUGGGGCCCGUGGAGCAGAAUCAGGACCUGAGAGGACUGGGAGUGCGGAGGAGGAACACUCACGGCUGGGUCUCGAACCCAGCAUGCCAAGGAACCCCAAGCCCCUCCCCCGGACAAGCCCACAGCUGGAGCCAUGCUCGGAGAGUGUGGCCAGGGGGGGGCCUGCUACGGAACCCCAGCACUCUGACAGCAUCACGCGACUCCUGCAGGAUGAGCUUUUCAGGCUGGUACAGUUACAACAGAUCAACUUCAUGGGUCUCAUGCAAACUGUGGGAAUGUCAUUUACCAACCUGCCCCACCUUCAGUAUAACCUGCCCCACUUACAGCCCAACCUGCCCCACUCUCAGGCCAAUCUGCCCCAGCUUCAGCCCAACCUGCCCCACUUACAGCCCAACCUGCCCCACUUACAGCCCAACCUGCCCCACUCUCAGGCCAACCUGCCCCACCUUCAGUACAACCUGCCCCACUUACAGCCCAACCUGCCCCAGCUUCAGCCCAACCUGCCCCACUUACAGCCCAACCUGCCCCACUCUCAGGCCAAUCUGCCUCAGCUUCAGCCCAACCUGCCCCACCCACAGCCUGAUCUGCCCCACUUACAGCCCAACCUGCCCCACCCUCAGCCCAACCUGCCCCACCCUCAGUCUGAUCUGCCCCACCCUCAGCCCAACCUGCCCCAGUCUCAUUUCACCCUUCCCCUUUUGCCCCAUCCUGUUUUGCCUGACUACAACCAAUCAAUGUUGCCCCAGCUCAGCCAGUCUGUUUUACCCCAGUUGCCUACCCCUGUCCUCCAACACAAUGUAUCCCCCAUCCAGCCCAACACUCAGAUCCCAGCUAAGGGCAAAGACUUUUCCGGCACAGCAGCCCUGCCCAAGCAAGCUCUGCAGGACUCGCCAGUGCUGGCUGUAGAUGCUGACUGGUCCCAGAUCAGUCAGAUGGGCCAGGACGGUUUACUCCCUGCAUCCUCUGGGCUGCUCCGCUCCGUGACUAGCCAUGCGCCUGUAGGCAUCCCGCUGCUGCUGCCCCAGGACACACCUGAGCACACCCUACCCACAGUGCCCCCAGCUGGGCUCCCGCUGUUACAGCUGCAUUCCAAUAAGCGGCCUUUGCUGCAGCCACAGCCUCCAUUGGUUUCUUCUUCUAGCCAGCUACCCCCUCCCUCGGUGAGAGAGGCCUGGGGACCGGGCCGGAGCGGUCACCUCCCGGUUGACCCGCCGCCCCCAGGUCAGGUGCCCUGGAGUUCUCCGCCUAGGCUCCGGCGUGCGGAACCCCACAGAUAUGCCCAGUCCCCCGUGCUCCCGUUACUCCGCUUCCACUCCGACGCUCCCCCCACACUCGCCUGCCCCCCCGCCCCGUCCAGGUCCUUCCCUGGGCUAGGGAUUCGGCUGCUGCGGACAGAAUCCGAGUUCCAUGUUAGAGCAGAGCGCCCCCCUCCGCCUCCGCUGCCGACCCCUCGUCUCAUUCCCUUGGAGGAGCUAGCAGGAGGGCCCUUGUGGGGCAGCAGGCAGCUUCUCCUCCUGACUGCGGAGAGGCAGCCGCUUACUGCUGAGGCGGCCCGCCACACGGCCCCGAGCUCCGCAAAGAGGCAGAGGAGGAGGAAGGAGAAGCGGAGAGAGAGGGGGGAUGUGGGUGUCACCUUCAUGCCAGAAGAAUCUGUCACGGCCCCUCCAGCGGAGGUGUGCGCAGAGGGGGCCCAGCCCAGGGUGCCGAUGAAGCAGCCUUCUGAGCCCCUUCUCAUGACGUGUGACCCCGUGCUGACGGGCCAGGAGCUUGUGGCAAAGGCUUGGUCCACUGCGGCUGAGCUGCAUGCUUUUGCCUGCACACAGAAGGCAGCCCCGGAAGUCCACGAUGCGUGCACCAGCACCGACCAAGCUUCUCCCAUCUCACUUGCGGACAAAGCCGUUUCUGCCAAGUUUCCUGCGUCUCUGACUGCUGACCCGGGAACGGGUGAGCAGCGGGAAGCUGCAGUUGUGCCCCCUGAUAUCUUCUUGGACCUGAGGUUCCCCCAGGACCUACGUCCUCAUGGUCCUGAGACCCAGGAAGCCCCAGCACAGGCGGGGAAGAAGGUGGGCCGCGGAUUCAUCAAUGUCAUCGACCUGGAGGACGUGGCCUUAUUGCGGGAGCUGCCGCCCCGUCCGUCCCUUCAUACCCAGGACCGCCCUCGCUCGCCCCCACCCUCCAGCCAGCUCCACCUCCUCGCUGCCUCUGUCACAAACUCCGCCCCAGCAGAGCUGCCUGUUACAAACUCCCCAGUGGGGGCCCCGCUUGCUGAAAGACCUCCUGUGGGGCUGGCUUUUCCAAGCGCAGCCUCCCGGCCCGGGGAUGAUGCUGUGGUGCUCAAGCCACCAGCAGGACAUGAUGCUAAGGGGCAGGAUUCUCAGGGGCGGGGUGAGCCGGACCGGUGGGCGAUGUCCAGGAGGCAGGCGUGGAGCCGCCUGUCGGAGAUGGAUGCCCAGCUGAGUGCCUUGCAGAGCAUGGCCGACCACAUGGAACGGGAGUUCGCCAACAGCAGGAUGCUGGUGAGGACCAUAGACACACUGGGUCCACUCAGCUGUGAGCCCCCCAGCCCGGAGCCCCGCAGCAAGGUCGGCGUGAAGGUCGCAGAGGAAGCCUCCAGAGUGAGUCAUCCUCCGAGGCACAUAGACCCAGAAGAUGAAGAGGUGGAGGAAGAGGAGGAGGAGGAGGGUCAUCAAGGCUAUGGAGCCGAAUUUGAUGUCCCUGCAUUGGUCACUGGUCCCCCAGACCCAAGGACACGCUUUUGCAGCUCUCCGCUGCCUGCUGCUGUGGACGGCGCCACCUACCUGUCACCUCCCUCCCUGCAGGACUUGGGCACCAUGGCGACCGGCCCUGGACGGCGGCCAGAGGAGUCCCUAAACCUGUCGGGGCUCAGCGACGUGGGGGACAUCCUCGGGGAGCUGCUGCGGGAUGGGGCCAUGUCGGCGACGAGCCUGGGUCUGUCACACACGCAGGCCGCCAGGCUGAGAAGGCAGGGAGUGCCGCAGGCAAGUCAGGCAGAGGAGGAGCAGCAGGAGGUACAGGUGUGGAUGAGGAGCAGACAGAGGGAGCGGUUGGCGGAGUACCGAAAACAAAGGGAGGAGCGAAUGGAGCAGGAGCGCAAACCCUUCAGAGGCACCACAACCCUGAAGCCGACAUCCAGGGAUAUCACGCUCAACAAGAAGGUCAAAGAAGAGAAGGACAGGGCGGCUCUGCUGCAGCACCACAGUCAGAGAGCUCAGGAGGCCUGCAACUUAAUGGCGGACCUGCUCACUGCAUCGCAGGCCCUGCCCGUGUCCUCUCUGGCUCCGCCCCCAACACAGAACAGCACCCGUAGCAGCACCAGGGUGGGGCUGCAAAACAGGAGUAAAUCCACUGGGAGAGCAGGGAGGAGUCACAAGUCCCCAGCAGGGCUCCGCUCGCUGUCUUCCCCAGGCAGGGUGACCGGGGCUCAGGCCUCGCGGGCCAGCAGGUUGGGCCUGCACAGACCUGCCAAAGCCCUCCCUAGCGACCGUCUGUCCCAGGUUACGCAGCGGGGCAUGCUGACCCGCACGCGAGACUGCACAGGCAGGGUGCAGGCUGGGAUCCGGGGCAGGACGCGGCUGCCCCCACAGCCCCACAGUGCGCCGGGAGCUGGAGGUGAAGACCGGUGCGGCGAUAGCCCCAAGGACAUGGAGGACCGGGAUGUGGUGAGCCCCUGGGAGCCCCCCCUGGAGAUCCGGAGGCUCCUGGGGCUGGAGAGCCUGGAGUGGGGACAGCGCCCGUGGUCGGACUCAGCCCAGGCUGCCGGGAUGGAAGCCGGAUUUCAGCUGGACAGCGUGUCAGAGAGUACAGGAAGCAUCCUCAGUAAGCUGGACUGGGCUGCUGUGGAGGGCUUGCUGGCAGGAGAGGGGUCAGGCUGAUCAUACAUGCAGGGGGCCAGCUUGUGCCCUGCAUACUCAGUUGAUUUACCUUGGAUUUUAUGCGCACUAUGUGUUUAAUAAAUGUAAUUUUUAAGCCA